UGCGCCGGCGGGGAGCCGAGCCUUUCCUACCGAGAGCUCAAAGACUUGAAGAAGACCAACGUCCUCCACAUAGACGUGCGGGAGAGGUGGGAGAUCGAUAGAUUUGGAAAGAUCCCGGCGUCCAUCAACAUACCGUUGGGUGAAUUAGUGGAAGCUCUACAAAUGGACCCAAUGGAGUUCAAGGAGCAGUACAAUCAGAAGAUGCCAUCCAAGUCGGACCCUGUGGUUUUCUCUUGUUUGGCAGGAACGAGAAGUAAACAAGCACUUGGUUUUGCCAUGUCCUUGGGUUUCAGCAGAGUUCAGCAAUAUGCUGGUGGCUUUGAGGACUGGGUAAAACAUGAACCUCCAGAGAAAAAAUGAAGGUGACUACCCCAACCCUUGCCCCAUCAGGCUUCAGGAUGGUUUGUAGGUUUUAGCAUUCAAACUACAUGCAUUCCACUUCCAGAACACAGCCCACUCCUGUUUUCUUUUGUAAAUGGACGUUGACCUUCAAAUAGCCAUGCGAAUUAACUGCUUGGUUUAAAUUAUAUCUAAAGACUAUGGCAUGAACAGAGGAUGUUAAGUUUGUUCAGCUUCUACUUUGGGCUAUGAUUUUUGGUGAAAUUAUAUGGAAAGAACCUAAGUGGUUAUUAUGUUUACAAAGAUUUUUGUAUGAUGAGUUUAUGACUGUUUAAACUAAUGAUGAUAGGACAAAUAAAAUUAUCCUUUCCCAAA